AUUUGUGCGUUCAGCCCAAAUAACUGCUGGCCCAUGGAAUUGACGUGUGAGAUUGCUAUUGGUGGGUCGAUCAGAAAACCCGUUCCGUUGACGUGGACGGUCGUCACGUCCCCCAUUUCAAUCGGAGAACCGUCCCUGCCGGGAAGUAGAGACGGGUUACUGCGGCGGAAGGCGGUAGGAAGAGAGCGCCGGCUGGAAAAUGGCAAAAGCUUCAUUGAUUUCAAUGGCUAUUCUGUUAGCUUCCUUCGCGCCCUUUGUCUAUUCCAUCGAAGACAAAUGCUCUGCUUGCACUGCCGUUGCCGAGGAGUUGGAGCGUGGGUUGAUGAAUGAGAAACCUAGAAAUCAUUUAGAUAUGAGACAUCGCUUGGAUUCUAAAGGUCAACGUGAAGGCAAGCUUAUAGAUUACAGGGUUAGUGACCUGAGAGUUGUCGAACUCUUAGAUGAGCUUUGUGAUAAGAUGCAAGAUUAUACUCUUGAGAAGGUUGAUUCAGGCACAAAAAGGUGGAUCAAAGUGAAAGACUGGGAUCAACUUAAAACUGAUAAGCAAGAAGCUCGAGCACAUUCCAAAGCAAUAUCAUCUUUCUGUGGGAGGUUGCUCGAGGAAACUGAAGAUAAGUUGUCCGAAUUGAUUAAGAAAGGGUCAGUCAAAGUAGGAGGCGUUGCCAAGGUUUUAUGUGAAGACCUCAGCAGACUUUGCAUUGGGACAAGCAAGGAUGAAGACAACGAGGAUCACACCGAGCUCUGAUUAUAGAAUGGAGAUCAGAUGGAUAUGAAGAUGAAACUAUAUACCAUUUUUUUCUCAUUAAUUAAUGUGUACCAGCAUUGAACUUUGCAAACACUUAUCAUCCUCCUGAUUUGUGUUUCCCAGUUUAUUUAACUACAUAACCAACAAUAUUAUUAUACAUGCUAUAGCUGUUGUUAAUUUUUGCAGCAUAAAAUCAAAGAAUAUUUGUGUAUAACACAUCAUCUUUGUUUGUGCCUUGGAUGAUGAUGAAAAUGUCUUUAUAUUAUCUCAAGUUUAUGCUAAUUCAAUUUACUGUUGAUAUAUUGGGUGAUUU